AAUCGCGGUGGUUGCGGACCGCAUUCAGCAGCUUCCUCAGUCACAGUCACACCCCUAGACGACAACAAAAGAAGAGUGAAAGGAUUUGGGAUCGUGGAUAAAUCAAGAUGCCUCUCAAAUUUGCAGCCAACAUUUCCAUCAUGUUCACAGAGAUAACGAGCUUCGCCAGCCGUUAUGCCGCGGCUAAAACAGCGGGAUUUCGAGCUGUGGAAUGUGUUUUUCCUUACGACUUUUCGAAAGACGAAAUCGCAGCAGCGAGGAAGCAAGCGGGAGUCGAUCAUGUUUUGAUGUCCAGUUGGCCAGGUGACAGAACAGCGGGGGAAUUUGGACUGGCUGCUCUCCCUGGAAGACAGAAAGAAUUCCAGGAAACUUUUGAGCUUUCCGUUGACUACUGCAAAGCUCUUUGUUGCAAGAGGAUGCAUAUUAUGUCUGGAAAGAUUCCAGCCCAUGAGGAAGGUCAACAGUCAACCCUUCUCUCUCAAAUGGAGGGUACACUGGUGGAGAAUUUGAAGUAUGCAGCUGAGAGACUGAAGAGGGAAGACAUCACAGCUGUUAUCGAGCCUAUUAACGAUAGAUACACCAUUCCAAACUACUUUCUAACAAGGCAAGACCAAGCGGUCAAUAUACUCAAGAGAGUUGACUGUGACAAUGUGAAACUGCAGCUAGAUGUCUACCAUGUUCAGCUAGUUCAUGGUGAUCUGACAAGAAUCAUCAAGGAAUACAUGCCUUAUGUGGGUCACAUCCAGGUAUCACAAGCCCCUGGAAGAAAUGAGCCCAGUCUGAAGGGAGAGAUAGACUAUGACUAUAUCUUUGAUGUGCUCGAGGGGUCCGAUUACGAUGGCUGGAUUGGAGCAGAGUAUAAGCCCUCUAAAGAAAACACAGAAGACAGUCUGGCUUGGUUUCAGAGAUUCAGAUGAUGAGGAGAAAGAAAUGUUCUCUUUCAUAAAGCAGAGUGAUUGAUCAUUGGGACUUAUUUGUAUGAUUGAUUGCAUUGAUUAUCGUGUAAGAUCAAUCGUAAAAUCAACUCAAUGAUUAACCAGGAAGCUUUAGUGUACAGUGCUCUUUUGUAUCUGAUCCGGAGGGCAUCAAAUUAGUAUCAAAUCUGAAAUUAUAUGGAAUCUCGGGUAUCGACUUCCAUUUACGAUGAUGUGAAAAUUUGGAGGAUCUAUGGAAAAUUAGACACUACCCUAUUCAGGGCCCUGUCUUACAAAGAGUUGUGAUUGAUAUGAUCAAUCUCAAGUAUGGAAAGCCAAUGAUGCCAACAUCUCUACUAACCUCUCCAAAUUUAUCAGAAAACAAGUGGCAUGCCUCUGGCGGUCUCACCUGCAUCACGAGAUUCAAUAUAGCAGCAGUGCAGACUAUGAAAACUACUAUAAAAUAAUUAUUCCCAAAAAAAACACCAUUCAUAUAAUGAUACAAUACUACGUUCAUUGACAUUGGACCUUGAUCAUGUGACCUAAAACUUGUCAGUGAUACUUGAUUACCCCUAUAUCCACAUUUUAUACACUAUAUCUAUAAACUUUGAAAGUUAUGACAGCAAUCUAAUAAUUACCUCUAAAAUGGCCAAAGUUCAAUGACCUUAAAUGACCUUUGAUUUUGGUCAUGUGACCUGAAACUCGCAUGAGAUGUUCAGUGAUACUUGACGACUCUUAUGUCCAAGUUUUAUGAACUACAUGUAGACCAAUAUACUUAGAGUUAUGAUGGUAAUUCAACAAAUACCCCCAACAUGGCCAAUGUCCAUUGACCUUGGUCAUGUGACCUGAAACUCGCACAAGAUGUUCAGUGAUACUUGGUUACUCUAAUGUCCACGUUUUAUGAACUAGACCAAUAAACUUACAGAGAUAUGAUGGUAAUUCAACAAAUACCCCCAACAUGGCCAAUGUCCAUUGACCUUUAACCUUGGUCAUGUGACCCGAAACUCGCACAAGAUGUUCAGUGAUACUUGGUUACUCUUAUGUCCACGUUUUAUGAACUAGACCAAUAAACUUACAGAGAUAUGAUGGUAAUUCAACAAAUACCCCCAACAUGGCCAAUGUCCAUUGACCUUUAACCUUGGUCAUGUGACCUGAAACUCGCACAAGAUGUUCAGUGAUACUUGGUUACUCUUAUGUCCACGUUUUAUGAACUAGACCAAUAAACUUACAGAGAUAUGAUGGUACCGGUAAUUCAACAAAUACCCCCAAUUUGGCCAAAGUUCAUUGACCCUAAAUGACCUUUGACCUUAAUCAUGUGACCUGAAACUUGCACAGGAUGUUCAGUACUUGAUUACUAUUAUGUCCAAGUUUCAUGAAUCAGAUCCAUAAACUUUCAAAGUUAUGAUGACAUUUCAAAAACUUAACCUUAGGUUAAAAUUUUGAUGUUGAUUCCCCCAACAUGGUCUAAGUUCAUUGACCCUGAAUGACCUUUGACCUUGGUCAUUUGACAUGAAACUCAGGCAGGAUGUUUAGUAAUACUUGAUUAACCUUAUGGCCAAGUUUCAUGAAAUAGGUCCAUAUACUUUCUAAGUUAUGCUGUCAUUUCAAAAACAUAACCUUCGGUUAAGAUUUGGUGUUGACGCCGUCGCCGCUGUCGGAAAAGCGGCGCCUAUAGUCUCACACUGCUAUGCAGGUGAGACAAUAAAAUGAAGCUGAAUGUACAUGGACAGAAAAUUUAAACAAUUAUUUUGUACAUAUGGAUGUGUUUGGGGUUUGGUUUAGUAUUGUUAUAAAAGACAAUACUUUUGUAAACUUUGGUUUCAAGGGUACAGCUGUUAUGGGAAGCAGACAACAAUUUUCUCAAUCUAGAGACAGUGGUUGUCAGAGGGUCUACAUUUCCAGGUAAUCGUCCAUUUGUCCUGUUUUCACUCUCGUGACAACUUGAGAAUUAUUUUACUGAUCAACUUGCAAAUUGGGCUAUGUAUGAAUACAUAGGAGUGACAGUGAUCUGUGUAGUAUUGGAUGUCACAAACUCCAACUUGUUAAAAUCAUGAUGUGGCGAUGACCUGUGUUUAAUGUGUGGGACUAAAGGACAAAGGUCAUUAUGGAUCUGAAAAUAUCUUGUUCCAAUGAUAACUGUGGAGCGUUGUGGCCCAGUGGAUUAGUCUUCUGACUUUUAAACAGAGGGUUGUGGGUUCGAAUCCAGCCAUGGCGUAAUUUCCUUCAGCAAGAAAUUUAUCCACACUGCUGCACUCAACCUAGGUGAGGUGAAUGGGUACCCGGUAGGAAGAAAUUCCUUGAAUGCUUUGAGCGCCUAGGCAGCCCAGCUAAAGCCGGGGUAAUAAUGAUAGCAGGGCCCACUGGAAAAACAGUUUUCAGAACUGAAGUGGCUUCCCUGGGUAAAUAUACCUAUAUUAUUAUUAUUAUAACUAAAAAAGCCAUUUGAGGGAUCAACUUCAAAUCUAACUUUUGUGUGCAUAUUGGAGUAAAGAUCAUCUCAUCAGAUUUUGGGGUCAGAUGUCAUUGUCUCAUUUCGUCACAUGUUUUGUAGAUCCAAUGGAUCAAUUAAAAUUUACUUUGGUUCAUGCACAUAUGAGUGAUGAUGUGAUUAGAUCAUUGCAGAUUUUAAACGUUUCAGAAGUGUUUAUUAAAGGUAUUUCUGAUCUGGUAAUAGCAGAGGCAUGAUUUUUUUCUGUGCAGUUGAUGAUCCAUCUGGUUCGUAAUAAAGUUGCAUAAUAUGUUGUAAUAACAACAUGUUGUAAUGACAAGUCUUGACAUGAACAUAGAAUUAUAGAUUUGAUAAUGAAAAAUAAUAAAAGCUAUUUUUUUAGGAAUGCA